AUGCCAGGCCAAAAGAUUGAAACGGGUCACGAGGACGUAAUCCACGAUGUGCAAAUGGACUACUACGGGAAGAGAGUUGCAACCGCCUCAUCUGACUGCACCAUCAAGAUAACCGGAGUCAGCAACAACGGUACAUCGCAGCACCUAGCUACAUUAUCCGGCCACCGAGGUCCUGUCUGGGAGGUCGCAUGGGCUCACCCAAAGUUCGGAUCAUACCUCGCUUCAUGCUCCUACGAUGGUCAAAUCAUACUCUGGAAAGAAGGCAACCAAAACCAAUGGACUCAAGACCACAUCUUCACAGACCACAAAUCCUCAGUCAACUCCAUUGCUUGGGCUCCUCAUGAGCUCGGACUAUCCUUGGCUUGCGGGUCAUCCGAUGGAAACAUCUCGGUUUUCACACUACGUGCUGAUGGUGGCUGGGACACAACCAAGAUCGACCAAGCUCACCCGGUUGGAGUCACUUCGGUCACAUGGGCUCCGUCGACUGCCCCUGGUGCUCUUGUGAGCUCCGGCUUGCUCGACCCGGUUUUCAAGCUGGCUUCCGGUGGGUGUGACAACACGGUGAAAGUGUGGAAGCUCUCUAACGGGUCGUGGAAGAUGGAUUGCUUCCCGGCGCUUCAGAAGCACACUGAUUGGGUCCGUGACGUGGCUUGGGCACCGAACUUGGGUCUCCCUAAGUCGACCAUAGCUAGUGGUUCGCAAGAUGGGAAAGUGAUCAUAUGGACUGUGGGGAAAGAAGGUGAGCAAUGGGAAGGUAAGGUUCUCAAGGACUUUAUGACUCCCGUGUGGCGUGUCUCGUGGUCGUUGACCGGUAACUUGCUGGCUGUUUCCGAUGGGAACAACAACGUCACCGUGUGGAAAGAGGCUGUCGACGGUGAGUGGGAACAGGUUACCACUGUGGAGCCCUAG